AGAGAGGGGAGAGAGAGAGAGGAGAGAGAGAGAGGAGAGAGGAGGGAGAGAGUCGCAGCCAAGGAGACGCAGAAAAAAGUUUUUAAAGAGGAAGAAAAGCAUUCUUGCCUUUCACGUUCAGGCAGGAAGACACAAAAGGAGCCGCGUGGUUCACUUGCAACUGGAGCAGACAGACUUGACGGACACUCGAUAUCAACGAUAUCAACGAUAUCAACGGUAGCAGCGAUAUCAGCGGUAUCGACAUCCGGCAGAAGACACGGAAAGUCUGAGGAGCUACGAUGAAGUUUGCCUGCUUGAUGCUCGCAGUCGGUCUUACAUGUCACAAAGUGUGUUCCGAUGGUGAAGGUGAUGUUUCCAUACCCACUCAAGUGGCGGAUGGUGCCGUGGUCCUGCCAGGAGGAUCUCUUCUGACCACCAAAGUGCCAGCUGCUGCUCACACACAUGUGAACCCAACAAAUCAACAAGUGGAACCCAAAACCACUGCAGCACUUCCAAGUGACCAGAACACCAUCACACCCAACUCAGUAGUCACCAUUGCUAGCGUCACAAAGGCUACCACUGACAAGGCAGCACAAGCCACCAACAUCGCACUUGCCGCCUCAGUGGUAGCAGACCCUGCCGCUUCAGUGGUAGCUGACCCUGGCGCCGCAAAACUGGCCGACUCUGGCGUCGCAGGACCGGCGGACCCGGCCGCCACAGGAACAGCAGACUCUGCCACUGUAGACCCAGCAGACCAUGCCGCCACAGGACCAGGAGACACUGCCACUGUAGACCCAGCAGACCAUGCCGCCACAGGACCAGGAGACACUGCCGCCACAGGACCAGGAGACACUGCCACUGUAGACCCAGCAGACCAUGCCGCCACAGGACCAGGAGACACUGCCGCCACAGGACCGGCAGACCCGGCUGCCGCAGGACCAGCAGGGUCUGCCACUGUAGAACCUGCAGACCUUGCCACCACAGGACCGGCAGACCCGGCUGCCGCAGGACCAGCAGGGUCUGCCACUGUAGAACCUGCAGACCUUGCCACCACAGGACCGGCAGACCCGGCUGCCGCAGGACCAGCAGGGUCUGCCACUGUAGAACCUGCAGACCUUGCCACCACAGGACCGGCAGACCCGGCUGCCGCAGGACCAGCAGGGUCUGCCACUGUAGAACCUGCAGACCUUGCCACCACAGGACCGGCAGACCCGGCUGCCGCAGGACCAGCAGGGUCUGCCACUGUAGAACCUGCAGACCUUGCCACCACAGGACCGGCAGACCCGGCUGCCGCAGGACCAGCAGGGUCUGCCACUGUAGAACCUGCAGACCUUGCCACCACAGGACCGGCAGACCCGGCUGCCGCAGGACCAGCAGGGUCUGCCACUGUAGAACCUGCAGACCUUGCCACCACAGGACCGGCAGACCCGGCUGCCGCAGGACCAGCAGACGCGGCUGCCACUCAAGCAUCUCCGCCAAGCAACACAAAGGAUCCUCAAAGCUCUCUUGUGCCACCUACUGGUGCCACAACCACCAAAUUAAACCCUGGAGUGGCAGGAUCUUCCAACAUGGCCACAACACCAGAAGUGACCACUAGAACCUUAACUAGCCACACUGCGGCCGUGUUGCAAGACAACGUGACAACACCGGACUUCACGCCAAGUCAUCAACUCACAACACCUGGAACCUUUAUCUUCAAGACGGCCCACACAGAGGAAAGCACUAGAAGCCUGAGACAGACAACAGAAACAAGGACCUUGCAGCCAGCGGAGAGGAUGGGGACCCACACUGUGGCCCCCACUGGGGCCCCAACAUCACCUUCUGAUGUGGAACUCUUCAACUCCAACCCUAAGAAGUAUUGGUACUCUCUCAACAGUGGACACCAGGAGGAAGAAGACAAAGACCUGAUGGAGGUGUGCAGGCGCCUGAUGGCUCAUUUGAAGGAGGGAAACUGCACGCUGACAUGGCGCCACCACCAGGGCAAACUGCUCUUUGACUGUGUGGAGAUCAACGGCAAAGUGAAGACUGCGCUGGCUACUCAGUACUAUGAAGACAUCAGCAAGAAAGCCACGGACAACAAAACGCUGAUCGCCAUUUUGGCGUCGUGUGGCGCUCUGCUCAUCAUGAUCAUCAUCCUGGCCGUCUGUGCCUCACACCACCGCAAACCCUACUCUGACAACCAGCAACACCUGACGGAGGAGCUUCACACAGUGGAAAACGGUUACCACGACAACCCCACGCUGGAGGUGAUGGAGGUGCAGCCGGAGAUGCAGGAGAAGAAGGUGGCUCUGAACGGCGACUUCGGCGACAGCUGGAUCGUGCCCAUGGACAACCUCCUGAAGGAGGACGUCCCUGACGAGGAAGACACGCACCUGUGAGAGGGAGGAGCCACCUGGCACACCCGUGGAAGUGUGAUGAGGACACACAUUUACCCUGAACUUUGAAUGACUCCUUUCUUCACACCAUCAUAUUUCAUCCUGUAUGCCUAACUAUCAAAGAUGGCCUCUUGAAAUGAACACUGUCAAUAGCACAGUUCCCUUCAACCAAUCCACAGUAUACUGUACCUGUCCCAGGUGUAUUGGACUGGUGGUAUGUGAUACAUGUACACACACUGUAUAUGAUACAUGUACACACACAGUAUAUAUGCUGUAUGUGAUACAUGUACACACUGUAUAUAUGCUGUAUGUGAUACAUGUACACACUGUAUAUAUGCUGAAUGUGAUGCAUGUACACACUGUAUAUAUGCUGUAUGUGAUACAUGUACACACUGUAUAUAUGCUGUAUGUGAUGCAUGUACACACACUGUAUAUAUGCUGUAUGUGAUACAUGUACACACUGUAUAUAUGCUGUAUGUGAUGCAUGUACACACUGUAUAUAUGCUGUAUGUGAUGCAUGUACACACUGUAUAUAUGCUGUAUGUGAUGCAUGUACACACUGUAUAUAUGCUGUAUGUGAUGCAUGUACACACACUGUAUAUAUGCUGUAUGUGAUACAUGUACACACUGUAUAUAUGCUGUAUGUGAUACAUGUACACACACUGUAUAUAUGCUGUAUGUGAUGCAUGUACACACACAGUAUAUAUGCUGUAUGUGAUACAUGUACACACUGUAUAUAUGCUGUAUGUGAUGCAUGUACACACUGUAUAUAUGCUGUAUGUGAUGCAUGUACACACACUGUAUAUAUGCUGUAUGUGAUACAUGUACACACUGUAUAUAUACUGUAUGUGAUACAUGUACACACACAGUAUAUAUGCUGUAUGUGAUACAUGUACACACACAGUAUAUAUGCUGUAUGUGAUACAUGUACACACUGUAUAUAAGCUGUAUGUGAUACAUGUACACUGUAUAUAUGCUGUAUGUGAUGCAUGUACACACUGUAUAUAUGCUGUAUGUGAUGCAUGUACACACACUGUAUAUAAGCUGUAUGUGAUACAUGUACACACUGUAUAUAUGCUGUAUGUGAUGCAUGUACACACUGUAUAUAUGCUGUAUGUGAUGCAUGUACACACUGUAUAUAUGCUGUAAGUGAUGCAUGUACACACUGUAUAUAUGCUGUAUGUGAUGCAUGUACACACACUGUAUAUAUGCUGUAUGUGAUGCAUGUACACACUGUAUAUAUUUUGUAUGCGAUGCAUGUACACACACUGUAUAUAUGCUGUAUGUGAUGCAUGUACACACACUGUAUAUAUGCUGUAUGUGAUGCAUGUACACACACUGUAUAUAUGCUGUAUGUGAUGCAUGUACACACACUGUAUAUAUGCUGUAUGUGAUGCAUGUACACACUGU